AUGCCCCCCAAGCCGGCGCCGCCGUCCAAGGGCAAGGGCAAGGCGAGCGCUUCCUCAUCGGCGGAUCCCUCGACCGCCGGCCCUUCGACCACCCCACCUUCCCCCCCUCUCCCGGCAGCACCCGCCAAACCUGUGCACACGCCGUACAUGUUUGCCAACUACCCCGUUGGCUAUCACCUCACCCCCGACGACAUGGCACUUCUCGGAUACGGCCCGCCCGAGGAACGCUACACCAAGAAGGGCAAGGUAGGCGACACCCGCCGUGUCGUCAAGUACACCGCACCACCGCAUGCUCUAUGCAAGCGGUGCCGAAUGCGCCCCGGCCCCUGUUGGGUCGAGGCACUCGAGGUUGCAGUUGAAGGCGGUCGCAUGCGCAAUGGGACCUGCCACUACUGCUCGCAGAAUGGUGCCUGCGAGACGGGCACAAACAACAAGCACUUUUUGUUGGUGUUCCCAGACGCGACCACCAUGCUGUUCGUCCACCGCAACAGCCUCGAAGUGUACCGCAGCCAACACGUCGACGAGCGCGGACGCAUCCACAUCACUCAGUUUGGCGAGCCGCCAGCUGCUCCCCUCUCGCGCGCCAAGUCCCCUGCGCCCUCCACGUCCGCCAAGAAGGGAAAGGGCAAGGAGAAGGCAGAAGUUGCCGACUGGGACCUGGAGUCGGAGGACUGGGCCAUGGACCCAGCGGCUGCCAAGGACGGCUCAGAGGGCGAAGGCUCUGCCCUCAGCGAGUUGACUGAGGAAGACGAUGACGGCGUGAUGGAGGGAGGUCGCAUCGUGUACUACUACGACGGCGACCCGAGCCUCGUUCAUGCCGAGGAGGACCCGUACGGCUCGGACGGGUACGACGAGUACGGCUUCGACCGCGACGGGCUCGACAAGGACGGGUACAACGAAGACGGCUUCGACAAGGCCGGGUUCGACCGAGACGGCUAUGACGCCGAGGGCCACGACCACGAAGGCCGCAGCUCUCCCUCGGUAGCCGGAACUGACGACCACUCCACGGUCAUCAGUGUCGCCCAGCUGAACGGCAUCAUCGCCAGCCGUGAGCCAUCCGUCGAGUACGACGACCCCCUCCUCGAGCUCGCUGCUCUCCGAGCACAGAAGGAGACGUGGAAGGCCGCGGAGCGCAAGUGGGGCAUUUACGAUGUCUCGCUGCGUGCCGAGAACCACGACCUCCGCAUGCGGCUUACGCGUGCGGAUGAGGCCAACCACACGCUUAUCAAGCGUCUUCAGGUCGCCGAGGUGACCAGCCAGAAGCUCUCGCAGCGCGUCAACGAGCUGUCGAAGGAGCUGCACCCGGCGCCGAACGGGUCGGAGAUCGAGGACGAGAGCGAGGAGGAGGGCGAGUAG